CCACAACCACUCACAACCACAACCCCUCACAAACACAACCACUCACAACCACACCACCCAACAAAGACAAUGUCUUCCAAACCCGAAAAUCCCUACAAGUUUCGAUGCAGAGCAUGCAUUUCAGCAUACACUGUUUCAGAAGCGUUGGUCAAACACCGCCGCAUAUGUGAUUCAAAUCGAGACGCGUACUUGAAGAUCCAAGCCAUGGAAUUGGAUCCAACUGAUCGCAAGACUCAAGACAAGCUCUGGAUACAUUAUGAUUAUGUCCCGAAUGAAAGACGUCUCACCUCCAUCGAGCACGAGAAUAUCGGCAUCAUGAAAAGACAACUAGACAUUUGGGGAGACAAACCUCCGACCAGAGAAUUUAUCAACAAUCUUGGCAACAGGAUCAGUGAUGAUAUUCUUUUUGCGGAAGACAGGAAACGCAAGAGGAUAGAUGAUGGAGAGGUAUCACUGCCUAAUCCACACGUUCGGGCAAGCGCCAGUGCGAGUGGGAUAUAUCAGGAUCCCAGUCCUUUACCACGGGAAGGUUCUCGUCCUGUCUCAGCAGUGUUUGGGGGUAUGGGUGUUCGCCGAUACAGUAUGUAUCCAGGCAACAGCAUUCUACGGAGUCUGGCCGGACGACAACAAGGAGGCUAUCCUUACACUCUUCCACCAGCAGAGGCGUCAAUAGGGGACUUUACGAGUGACUUCGACCAAGCCUUUGCGAUUUGGUUGGAUGAUGAAAACAUUUCAAAAGCGGCGAUUAGGAGAUUGCUUAAUGAUCCUGCUAUGGGGCCUAUAACGAGUUUGUUGAGCUGGAACUCUGUUGGGCAGAUGAAGGAGAAGCUUGAGGGUUUUGAGACUGACGAGGAUGUGGAUGAGGAUGGUGAUGGCAAUGGCAAUGGAGAUGUGUCGAAUCGGUGGUGACUGGGGUGAUGUUUGGUGCACUCUCACUGGACGCAGAGCUGGCUCUGGAGAGUACUGUGUAUUGCUCUAUGAGAGAGAAGGUGCGAAUCCAUGGCUGAUGUAAUGCCAAUGUUGAACGCC